UCAGUGUUGAAGCUGAUAAACCCUAAACUGAACUUGAAUCUUCCCCGCUACAAGGAAGAAGGAAGCAUUCACAAAUCAAAAUAAAUUCAAAAUUAAAAAGAAAACCAGCAAUGCAGUACAGUGGCAGUUUCAGUUUCAGUUUGUUAGUUAGUUAGUAAGUUAGUUAGAGUUUCUCUACUGGAACUCUCGAGAUCCUCUGCGGUCACCACCACGCUCACAACCAUGGGCCGUUACUCCUCUUCCACAAACCAUCACCAUUCUCCUUCCUCUCGCCGCCACCGGAGCCACCGAAGCAUCUCUCCGCCGCCUCAGCGAGACACCAAGCACCGUUACUCAGAAAAACAGACUCGGACCAGUUCCGGUUCCCCGGAUCCUCCUCCUCGAUCCCGGUCUCGCUCUCGUUCUCCAUCGCCGAGAACCAAGCGAUUGAAGAGAGCUCAAUUGGAACGUGAGAGCGAGAAGAGCCAUGGCGAAAGCGGAAGAGGUAGGGGUUCCGAGAGGGAGGUGGCGGAGCGGAAGAAGGAGAAGAGGAGGGAAGCCGAUGACCGCGGCGAUGGAGAUGCCGACGGAAGGAACGGAAGGAGGUCGAGGUCUAGGCACGAGAGGUCGCCGGAGCAAGAGCGCAAUGGUCGGAACAGGCACCACCGGUCGCAGUCUCCGCCUUCCCAACAUCGCCGUCACGACUCUGCAAAGCCUCGUGAUGAGGUGACUAACAUAAGAGGAGCUGAACAGAUGAAUGAUGAGGAUGAUUCUAUUUCAAAAAUGAAGGCUGCUGAGGAGGCGCUGGAAGAAAAAACAAAGCAAAAACCUUCAUUUGAACUAUCUGGGAAGCUUGCGGCUGAAACGAAUCGAUUCAGAGGUGUUACUUUGUUGUUCAAUGAACCACCAGAGGCUCGAAAACCUGACAUUAAAUGGAGGCUUUAUGUUUUCAAGAAUGGUGAAGUCCUCAAUGAGCCCCUUUACAUUCAUCGGCAAAGUUGUUACCUUUUUGGAAGAGAAAGAAGGGUUGCUGACAUCCCUACAGAUCAUCCUUCUUGCAGCAAGCAACAUGCUGUUAUUCAAUUCCGGCAAGUUGAAAAGGAGCAACCUGAUGGCUUAAUAUCAAAGCAAAUAAGGCCUUAUGUAAUGGACCUCGGAAGCACAAACAAAACUUUCGUAAAUGAUAGUCCCAUUGAACCACAACGUUAUUAUGAACUUAGGGAGAAGGACACCAUUAAAUUCGGUAAUAGUAGCCGAGAAUACGUAUUACUACAUGAGAACUCAGUUCAGUAAUUGUAUUAACCUCCAAAUCUGCUCCAUCUGAAGCAAGUAAAAGCAACAUCGAACCAUCAGAGUUCGUCUAAGUUAUGCCCUAGAUUUGUGUAUUCUCACUUUUCAGAAGCUUUUAGGUCAGUUUUCUACAAGUCCCCUAGAUAUUAAUACAAGACAGAUUGGAUAUUUUUCUAUUUCUGGGUAUGGACAACAUUGUAUAUUGCACACUUUGUACUAUACACAAUCAUCUUGAGGCCCCAGGGCUGACAUGAGAAUUUUGUACCGUUGAAAA